AUGAGCAUGUACGGGCAGAAGAUCAUCGAGGCUGGCAAGACGGUCCCCGAAAUAGUCCCCCCAGAACUCCUCGAGGGAGAGUUUGGCAAGGAGUUGGAAGCUGCCAUGGAAGCCAUGCUGGAGGUUCUGCACAUGCUCUGCCUAGGGACACUCAUCCUGGAGUAUGUCAAGGACAAAUCGACCGUCGAGUUGUAUGGUUACAAGUUGGAAGAGAACUAUGUCCGGGAGGAAACCACAAUGCCAGCAGCUGCUGUGACAUGCUAUAUCCUGAGGAUGUUGAAGGACAAGUUCCCCGAGGACGUGGUCAUAUCCGACCAGAACCCCGAGCUCUUGUCGAACGAUGAGAAGUUUGCGGAGACCGUGGCAUCUUUCCUCUCGAGCUUCGACUUGAUUCCCGACGCAGAUGCUGCAAGUGUGUCAAAGUGGCAUGGCCUCUGCCAAUCCUAUCCAGCGGAUGCAGAGACUGCGCCGGACAGAUAUUGGGUAUUCUAUCCUGUAGACUCAGCCGCCGAGUUUCGUGACGCCAAACAGUUCUGCAGCACUCUGUGCCUGAUGAAAGCGGGUGAGCCAGUCGUAAGUGUCGUUGGCUGCAUGCUCAGCUUCGAACAUCCGAGCCGCGCCACAAGCCGCCCCCUUUCAGGCAGCAGCAUCUUCUAUGCUGUCAAAGGAAAGGGCGCAUGGACGCAGUGCGUCAUCAUGGAAAGUCAGAACGGAAUCUAUUUGGGUCGGUAUGGACUGAAGGGCAAGUCCUUGAAAUUGGAUGUCUCACAGAAGAUCAAGCAUGGCUACACUGGCCUCGAGUGUGAGCAAAUCGCGACGCUGCCGGGCUCGGAGUUUAGAAAGCUCCCCUUCGUCGUCAACGUGCUGAAGUUCUGUCCGCUGGCUCGCGGGCGUGAGGAGCCGCGGAAGAAUCAGAAUAAGCAUUUUAUGUUGCAUGAUGUCAUGAUUCUGCAUGAGCUGCACGCUGGUUGGCUCCUUCCUGCUCAUAUGAUCGCUUGA